AUGGCAUCGUCGUCAGGUGCAUUGUAUUUUUUUUUUUUUAUUGAAAGCAUCAUGAUCCUCGAGAUUAUCAAGUUGGCACAAGUUUGGGGUGAUUUGGCCCAGACAGUCACCGUUUUACCCACGGCUAUUUUCGCAAAAACCGCACAAAUCACCGCUUCGUGCAAUCAUCUUCACAUAAACAAGGUGAAAAAUGUAUUGGUGCUUGUAAAAAAUUUUUGGGAGUCUCAUUUGUUGGAUGAAUCAGAAAUUGAAAUUUUAAAGAAUGACGGAAUCGCUCACAGAGCUGCGAUGCAUUCUUACUGCUUUCUUUACUACUCACAACCAGUCCUUUAUGGAAUAACGACAUUGCCACCAAUACUUCUCGAUAUAAUUGUGCCGCUAAAUGAAACAAGAGAAAGAAUUUUCAUAUUUCACGAUUGCUACGGUCUGGAUUCUCAAAAAUACUCGUCGUAAUGGGCCAAGCCGCUUGCAGUAUGUUCACUAUUAUCGGGCGAUGCUUACGCAAUUUAGGCGACGGGCUCGAUAUGAUUGCAAGUAAUAAAGUAAAAAGUGAAUUAAUCAAAUCAAUCGCUGUUUGUGUGAAAAUGCAUCAAGAAGCGCUUGAGUUGAGUUUUAUUUUUUUUGUAAACAUUUAUUUACAA